GUGCUGGGAGACCCUGGCCACGGCGUGAAGCACUGCCCCUGUUACGUCUUGGCUCAACCCACGCCCACCGCCCACAACCCACGCCCACCGCCCACAACUCGUUCAUGGAGUAGACAAUAAGUUCAUAACGAAGAGAUUAUAUUAAACUUGUGAUGGCAAGAAGUAGUUACCGAAAUUUCAUGAGAUUACUUGAUAAGUGGCCUGUGGACCCAACCAAAGCCGGGGGCAGGGACCUCGGGGAGCACCUACGGGUCCUCGUCACCAGAGGCUUUAAGCUCGGGGAUGCCACACAUGUUGAUCAAGUCGAGUGUCACCGGAUAUAUUCAUCACUAAACCGUAUAGCAUCAAACACACAUUCUAAACAGUACCCGCGCUCGCUAACAAGCACAGCAACAGGUCUCUCUGUCGAGGAGUGCCGUCAGAUCUCAUCCAAAGAAUUUUUAGAAGAGAUGAAAGAGCAUGAAAAAGGCUUCCUCGCACGCUUGUUCAAGAGAACUUAACCUUACCUGAAUUGUUCUCCUGAUUACAUUUUAACAGCCUUGUACAUCG